CACGCCGCGGCGCCCUCCGACCGCCGCGGCUUGCGCGGGCUUGGAUUGGCUUGAAUUGCAUCAUGCGGCGUGCUUAUCACCCUGAUAGACGCCGGGCGAAUACCCCGACAUCCCGACCGCCAUGUCCAGAGUCAGGCGGGUCCCUCGAUAGCGGCAGGAUAGCAUGAAUAAUAAGAACGACGGCGGUCCCUGCGCCCCUUCCAAGCCUUCUUGACUUCCUCCACCACCUCCCCCAACCCCCAGGAUGGCGGACACGAAGACGGACGCGCUCCCCUUGCCCCCCUCCGUGCCAGCUUCGGCUACGGGACGCUCGCAGCGCCGAUGGAAGCUCCUGGCUUUCGCCGCGCUCGCGUCCCUCCCCCUGAGCUACGUGCACGCGCGCUCAGUCGCGAAGCCUUUCGAGGUGGAGGCGGAGGGGCAGGCUACCUUUGCAGCAGCGGCGGCGGACGUCUCGAAUGAGGCCCUGUGUGCGCAGCCUGGGGCACUGUUGCCGAAGAAGCACGACGUCUUCUACAACGCGUAUGUCGACAGCGUGGUCACCGAUGAGGAUUUCAAGAAGCGCGUGAUCGACCUGCUGUCGGGCGCGGUGCAGGUGCCGACGGAGGCGUUCGAUGACAUGGGCCCGGUUGGAGAGGAGCCGCGAUGGGAGAUCUUUGGUGAAUUCCACGCUUACCUCGACAAGAAGUUCCCCCUCAUCACUAAAACCCUCAAGAAGUCGACCGUCAAUACGUAUGGCCUCGUCUACGAGUGGACCGGCACCGACUCUUCCCUGCUUCCCAUUCUCCUCACGGCGCACCAGGAUGUCGUUCCCGUCGAGCCGCGUACAGUUGCCGAGUGGGUCCACCCGCCGUACUCUGGCUACUUUGACGGCGAGCGCAUUUGGGGCCGCGGCGCCAGCGACGACAAGUCGUCCCUCAUCGCCAUCAUGACGACUAUCGAGACGCUCCUCGAGAAUAACUUCACUCCUGCUCGCAGUGUCGUGCUCGCUUUCGGCAUCGACGAGGAGGCCUUCGGCAAGUACGGUGCAGCGACGCUGGGUCCGGCACUCGAAGAGACGUAUGGCAAGGAUGGAUUCGCUCUCCUUGUGGAUGAGGGUGGAGGGUAUGAUGAGCACGAGGGCGCGGUGUUUGCGACGCCUGCAAUCGCGGAGAAGGGGUAUCUGGAUGUGCGCAUCCAGGUGGACUCGCCGGGUGGACACUCGAGUGUGCCACCGCCGCAUACGACCAUUGGUAUCCUUGCGGACGCCAUCGUUCAGCUCGAAGAGGAGCCCUUCACGCCGAAGCUGUCUCGCGAAGAGCCCUUCUACUGGACGUGGAAGUGCUACGCAGCAUAUGCUCCCAACAUCGACGAGGAUCUGCGCGCAGCCAUCAAGGCUUCCGUCUCCGACGACGAGGCCCUCAAGGAGGCCGAGACGCUUCUUAUCACAGAGAAGCUCAACAGGGUCAACCUCCAGACCACGCAGGCCAUCGACAUGAUCAACGGCGGCGUCAAGUCCAACGCCCUCCCCGAGCAAGCCUACGUUGUCGUCAACCACCGCAUCCUCACCCAGAGCUCCGUGGCCGAGACGCAAGCCCUCGACACCUCCCGCCUCCUCCCCAUCGCCGCCCGCCACAACCUCACCGUCGAGGCCUUCGGCAAGACCAUCAUUGACGCGCCCACCGCCUACGGCCACCUCAACCUCUCCGUCGCCUUCGGACAUGCGCUCAACCCCGCGCCCGUCACGCCCAUCGCCGGCUCCGAGGCCGCGCCGUACGAGUUCCUCUCGGGCGUGAUCAAGGCGACGUACAACGGGCACCGCAACAUCGAGGGCGACGACAACAUCGUGGUGGCGCCGAGCAUCAGCACGGGCAACACGGAUACGCAGUACUACUGGAACCUGACGAAGCAUAUCUUCCGGUAUAACCACAGCAGUGGGAGGAAGGGCAAGGGCAAGGGGCAGGUGUUUGGCGGAGCGCAUACGGUGAACGAGAACACUGAGGCGGACAACCUUGUGGAGAAGGUCCGUUUCUUUGCGUUGUUGAUCCUCAACGCGGAUGAGUCGACGAAGUUCUGAGGGGUUGAUGGCAUGACCGGAAGGUAUAGCGGGCACGCAUAAUGCGUGAAUAUACGUGAAUAAACAGUGUAAUUGUUGAAUAUGAGUGGCGUAGAUGGCGAAUACAUGCAGCAGAAGAACCUGCUGAAGAGUCGAAUAGCGCAAGAGAGGUUUGGGACAACUCUUGAUAUCUGCAGACUCGGUGCGGGUGUGCGACACAUGACUACGAUACUGGAGGAGCAGCAGAUUCGGCCGCCACUGAGCCUCUGCGGGCCGCCUCCGCCUCGCGCUGCGCUCGCCUGCCAUUCGCUUCCAUGACGAGGCGGACCUGCUCCUUCUCCUGCUCGAACUUGCGCCAGCACAUCCACCUAUGGCCGAAUUAGCGAGGUGCCCUGGCAAUAUAUACGACUAGACGCACCAAGUGCCCAUAGACACCAUCAUGAAGGAGCCGAAAGCCCAGUUCGCUG